AUGGAAGAAUCAAGAAUAAACGUAUUAGGUGACGAUGAAAUGCUUAGUAUAUUCGAAUAUCUUAGCUCAGAAACUUUGAAAAUUGCAACUUUAGUUUGUAAAAGAUGGAACGAAAUCAUUGGAACACACGCUUCAACAAUGCGUAAAUUUCCUCUUGUUAUAGAUUCGAAGAACAAAAUGGAACAAGUUUGUAAUGCUGAAUUUAAAUUGACUCGAAGCUAUCACUCAAUAAUAUUAGAUAACAUACCAAUUGAUAAAGCAUUCGUUGAAAAGUUAACAAAAUACUGCUCCAAUACUCAACACUUUGUUAUGAAAAGAUUUUUUUUGACUGGACAUCAAUUCAUUCUAAUUCUCAACUCUUUGCAAUUGUGUCAAAUUUUGGAUAUUCGAUACUGUUACUUGCUGGAAGAAAAUUUUGAAAUUGUCCUGGAAGAAAAUUUUGAAAUUGUCCCAUCAACACCGAAAUUAUUAAAACGUUUAGUACUAUCAUUUUGUUGGAGGAUUAAUAAGAUCAUAGCAAAUUCAGGAGUUCAAUUUCGUGAAUUAGAAUUAUCCGUUGGUUAUAAUCCAUUUACGCACAACCGCAUCCUAGAAAAACUUCUUUCAAAUCAAAUAUAUCUGGAAUCAUUAUCAUUAAUUAUUUUUUCUUCCACACAUUUGGAACUUUUCAAAUUGUUAGCUGAUUACAAUUUUAAAAGUUAUUUGAAGAAAUUUUCAAUUGAAUGGAAGGUAGGCAGCUGGAAAGUAAAUCAUUAUGAUUCGAAUGCAAUCGUAAAGCAAUAUUUGAAAUUAUUAAAAAAUCAUAGCUCGACACUUAAAGAAUUGGAAUUUGAUAAUUUUUUCAUGAAGGAUGACAUCAUUAAUUUUAUUAUCAAGCACAUGAAACUGGAGAAACUGAAAAUUAGAUUUGAUUUUACUACAUUAUUUCCAACUUCAUAUGAAAUGCACAUUAAUAAGCAUUUGAAAUUUCUUGAGAUUGAUUGUACGGAUUGUGUAAGAUCGCUUUGUUCCGCAGAUGAUUUCGCUCAAUGCUUUCCAAAUCUUGAGCGUUUAACUAUAUCUCUUAACGAAAAUUGUAAUGACAUCUUUUUACAUUCUGCUGCUGAUAGCUGGAACGGUCUAAAAUAUUUGGAGAUUGGAAAUGGAAAAAUUAAUUUAUCGCAACUUAAAUUUAAACAUCUUCAAACAAUUUGUAUUAAAAUUUGCAAUGGAAAAUGGACCCAGGAAAUAACUGGCUGGAAGGAAUUUUUGAUCAACAAUCCAUCAAUUGAAAAUGCUUACUUGGGAAAAAUUACUCAAAAAAAACAAAUAAAAAAUUUAGUUUGUGGAGUUGAUGCCGACAUAUCACAACAAAUCACGACACCAAUAAAUGUUAAGCAUUUGAAGCUUAUCAUGAUCUUUAAAUUAACCCAAAACAUGCUGAAAAUGAUACUCAAGACAUACCCGAACAUGGAACAUUUGGAAAUUAUUUAUUAUACACCAAAUUUUAUGGAAGAUAUUUCUAAAAAUGUCGAAUUUUCUCAAGGAAUUCGCAUAACUUAUCAAGAGUAUGAAAAUCCAAUACUAAUCGAUAGUUUUUAA